UGACAUAAGAGUAGUUAACGCAUAUGGCCAUCAAGCUAGGUGGACAAGCCAAAUCGCGUGAUUGAUGUUUUGUUUAACUAUCGCAAAUUCACGGUUUUUUUGUUGCAUGUAGUGUUAUUUAUAGUCGCGAAUCCGUUUCAAGCAACAAAAUGGCAAACUCCCGCCAACAUGCACAUUCAGUGGGUAAACGCGCUUUCUGGACUGAAUUCUUUGCGUUGUAUGAGAGUUUGCCUGCAUUAUGGGACCUAAAUGACCCUUCGUACAAAGAUAAACAAAGUAGGGCACAUGGCUAUGAGAUAUUGGUGAUGAAAAUGCGCGAAAUCGAUCCUACCGCUUGCCGUGAGGACGUGCUCCGAAAAAUAAAUAUCUUCCGCACAAAUUAUCGACGUGAAUGCACACGAAUUAAAGCGAGCAAUCGGAUGGGCAAAAUGUAUACAACUUCGCUUUGGUACUUUCACAUGCUGAAUUUUUUACAUAGUCAAGAGUUCCGUAAGGAUAGGAGACGGAUGCCGAAUGAGGAAAAGAAAAUUUUGCGUCGCAUGGGAAGUAAAACAACGCCUCUACAUUCAGAAAUCGAUACUGUAAAUUCAAAUGUUUCUGAUUCUUCUCAAACGUUGCCAGACAACUCCAGUGAAUACAAACAGCAGCUUGUCAAAUAUGAAUGCAUAACGGCCAAUACAAAUGAGUCAGAAGAACAUUUAGAAGCAGUGCAAUAUGCAGAUGAAAAUUCAUUUCAGCAGCAAUUUCAGAAACAGUUUCAUACGCCGAUUUACGAAGAAACAAAAGUUGAUGCCGAAACCUUUCACGAAAUUAUCAACACAGACGAUACAUCUCAUAUUCAAGACGAUACCCUAGAAGAGCUUGAACCUGUGGAACUUCCAGAGCCACUAAGAAAAAUUAGAAAACACACGAAAACUCCUAUAAUGUCAACCAAGUCUGAUGCCAAACUACGCCUUAAGCGACAAUCUCGACCUAGUCGCGCAAUAAGCGAGGUUUCAAAUAUAUUAGCCAAGUCGUGGGCUAUACAGUAUGAAGAAAUGUCGCAAGAGCAGCGAAUAUACGCCCGAAAGGCAAUUUCCGAAAUACUUUUUCAAGGUUGCCUUGGAAAUUUAGGACGCCAACGAAGUAUUCAACCAAAAACAAACACGUCAGAGGCAGUGGUUUCAUCACAAUAUGAACAGGCUAAUAUUAUGGAGGAUCACUCUGCUACCGAUACCGUGGAUGAGGAAAAAUUACUAUAUAUGGACGAUGACAGUGAAACUUACGUUUACGCUGAUGGAGACACAGCAGUGCAGCUACAAGAAUACAUGCAUUAAUUUAGCUGCAUAUGUGGAUAUUAUAAAUGCUCAAAGCCAUUUUUAGUGCAUUAAACAAUAUUUGCGAAUUUUGCUCAAGCUUUCAAAAAUAUAAAAUUUGUAUAUUUAA